GCUGGCAGGCACAGCAGUCCUGGCAAUAGGACUAUGGCUCCGAUUCGAUGGCCAGACCAAGCCCAUGUUUGAGUCCGAUUCCAGCGCUAAUUCAUUCUAUACUGGGGUCUACAUCCUAAUUGGUGCAGGAGCUCUCAUGAUGUUGGUUGGUUUCCUUGGUUGCUGUGGUGCAAUUCAGGAGUCUGAGUGCAUGCUAGGAUUGUUCUUUGCUUUCCUCUUGGUUAUUUUUGCCAUCGAGAUUGCUGCUGGAAUUUGGGGUUUUGCCAAUAAGGACAAGAUUGUAGAAGAACUGCAGAAUUUCUAUAAGGAAACGUACGCCAAGUAUGCUUUAAAGCAGGAGCCAGCUGUGAAGGAGACCUUUGAGGACCAUCCAAUUUGCUUUGAACUGUUGUGGACUCACUGGGGUUUUUGAAGCUCUUCUUUCAGAGACUUGCCCUUCUGCCAGCUUGAGUAUGCAGGCCUGUCCAAAAGCUAUCGAAACAGUCUUCAACACCAAAUUUCACAUCAUUGGAGCUGUUGGAAUUGGAAUUGCUGCCAUCAUGAUUUUUGGAAUGAUCUUUAGCAUGGUCCUUUGCUGCGCAAUCCGAAAUAACAGGGAGAUGGUAUAA